UUGUCAGGACUGAUUGGUGUUGUUUCAUGGAAGAGGCCCCUGUCCCUUGUGAUAACCUUUUUCAUGCUGCUCUCUGCAGUGUGUGUGAUGCUGAACCUGGCCGGGUCCAUUCUCUCCUGUCAGAAUGCUCAGCUGGUGAAGUCCCUGGAAGGAUGUCAGCUGAUUAAAUUCGACAGUGAUGGUGUCUGUGUUUGCUGUGAAAUGCAGCACCAGACAUCAGGCUGCAGUAACCUGGGAGAAACACUGAAACUGAACCCUCUGCAGGAGUGCAAUGCAGUGAGGCUGACCCUCAAGGACCUGUUGUUCAGUGUGUGCGCUCUCAAUAUCAUCUCCACCAUUGUCUGUGCUUUGGCAACAGCAAUGUGUUGCAUGCAGAUGGUUUCUUCUGAUCUCCUGCAAAUGCAGGAUGAUAUCACACAGUUUCUGCCACAGAGGCCACAUUCUGCCAAUCCUGACUGCAUGACUCCACAUGGAACUGUCCUGCACCAAACCUUGGAUUUUGAUGAGUUCAUCCCACCAAUCCCCCCCCCUCCCUACUACCCACCAGAGUACACCUGCACACCCGUGGGGGAGGCACAGAGAAGUCUCCAUUUGGACUUCCCUCAUUCCCCAUUUGGUGCUUUAUAUGAAGUAACCAUUAAUAGCCCAGGAAUGCUGUAUCCAAGUGAGCUGCCCCCUCCUUAUGAGGCAGUGAUUGGGGAGAUGCCUGCCAGACAGGUCACUGGUGCUGCUCAGCAAGUGUCUGAACCGAGCCUGGGGGAGAGGAACACGACCCCGGACUUCAGCACCCAAGUUUCUGUGGAGAGCACCUCUUUGAUGGUCUCUGAGGCUGUUGAUAUCCCAGACCGUAGCUACUCCUCUGAAGAUCUUUGUUCGCUGGAAGUUCAAGGAUCUCUCCAGUCUGCAGAUCUUUCUCCCUACUGCAUAACCCCCAAGGGGGCUGCAGAGCAGAGCUGCAGUGCCCUGGAUUGCCACCCUCACUGCAGGUUUCACAGAACUCGCUCUGAGGGCUUUCCUGAUGAGGGUGACAGCUCCCACAGCCCAGCCUCUACAGACAGGUCUCAAGGACAGGAAAAGAGCUGUGCCCACGGCCGGUCCUUGGACUGUUCCUCAGGGAAUUACAGCCCCUCAGAACGAGAACUGCAGAGUUCUGCUCAGGAGAGCAGUGCCACGCCGCCUUUGAAGCAGAGGAAAACCUGCUGUGUGGACUGUCACCAGCCUCCUGCCACUUUCCAGACCUCUCCCUGUUUUGGGCCAGCAAACCCUUCAGCAGGUGGCCCCGAGGCUGCUGUCCAGCAGCAGCAGCAGCGCCUCAGCAAGCCCCCAGCCCCAACCAUCGUCCGCUCCAGCAGUGCCCCUGUGUCCUGCUCCUCUGCCACCGAAGGUGAUAAUUGUGCCUGGACUUCUGUGUGCAGGCAGUGCCAAGGUGCAGGAUUAUCUCCAGCUACAGGAGAAACAGUUCCUGUCUCUGGUUCUCAUAUGGCUGCCUCUGCUUGCCAGCAUUCUUUGAGCAGUUUUCUACCAACUGGAAAACAGAGGGAUACAAGGAAAAUUGAUCUGCACCUAAAGCCAAAGGCUUUUCACACAGUCUCGAAAGAGCGGCCACACUCCUUAGUGGACCUUAAGGCCUAUAAAGACACAAAAAUUUUAGUGGCAAAAUUUUUGGAACAUUCAAACUGUAAUCUCCCUCCAGAAGUGCGUCACGUAGUGAACAGCAUACGGUCAGUCAUUAAAUCUGAUGAGAGACACAUGGAAGAAGCCAUCUUCAGUGCCAAUAUCAUAGACCAGGUGAUGACGAGCUCCCAGCAGGGCGCGGGCGGCUGCAGGAAGCGGCUGCAGGGGGGGGAUCUGCACCUGCGGAGCUGCGGCGCCCUGAGCUCCGCCGCGGCCCCGGCGCGCAGCCGGACCCCGCUCAGCCGCGCCCUGGAGCGGGAGCGGCCGCACAGCCUGAUCGGGGUGUGCCGGGAAACCAUCCUGUGA